AUGUUCACAUGCCGGACUACCUAUCUAGUAUUCUUUCUAGCCUUUAUAUUUUUUGUAAUUAUUUAUCUUGAAGACGUCAAAAAAUCAUUGGGAAGUUAUUAUACUGAAGUGGAGGAGGAAGAAGAUGUUUUGAAUGGUCAAAUCAACUCAUCAUUUCCAAUUAUAUUCUACCAUAAUGCAUAUGUAGAUCACAGUGAUUCUUUGGAAGGAAACUGCCCAUCGACUUACGGACCAGCUAAACCAUGCUUCUACGUGGCUCACACUUUCUUUGCUGAACUUACAGCAACUGGGGGAAUUACCAAGGUAAUUCUUCGAAUGGGAAGACGAGAAGUCCAACUUUCUAUCAAAGAUGUCGAUAGACGAUACGAAAAAGGAAUCACUUUAUGUCUUCAACCUGUGUAUUACUAUACUCAAUGGCAGAAUAUUGUACUGUAUAUUGAAGCAUGGAGAGCCCAAGGAGCAACUCGUUUCAUCGUUUUCUAUCAUUCAUCUACACAAGAUACACGAAAAGUUCUUGAUUACUAUCAGAAUUUGGGUCUUCUGGAAAUCCGGUCUUGGCCAAACUUCGGAGACCUUCCGAUAAAAGCUGCUGACAAAUAUCCGAAAAUCGACGAAAGUGCAUUCAUAUUUUCUUAUUUCCUUGCGAUGAAUAUAUGUGUGCUUGACAUAAAAACAUCAGUUGGAUCGAUUGCUGAUUUUGAUGAAAUAAUGGUUCCACGGAAUGGAACAACAUUGGAAUAUGCAUUGAAAGAGAUGGUCGACACUGAUGUUGGAGCAUUGUCAUUUGAGAAUAACUACGUGGCAAUGGAACCAAAUUUGUGUCAAGUUCACUGGGUUCGAAGCUUCAUAGAUCAAUCUAAAAAGUCCAAAAACGCCGAUGGAGCACUCAUACAUUUGAGAUUCAAUGCGAAGGAUUUCAAAGAGAAAAGAGUCUCAAAACCAUUCCAAUUCUUCCCAAGUAACACUUCACAACACAUUCAGAAUAUGAAAACAACAAUCCGAAAUAUCUUUGGGACGUCCCCACCAGCAGUUCCUCUCAAUGUUAUAGAUGUUAUCAAUAAAUGUGUAGAUCGAAUUGGAGGAAAAGGGUUAUGUCAUAGCACGGGGGGACUUUGCAAAGCAGACAUGGAUAAAGCAUACGACUGGGUGUAUGACGAAACGAAGGGAUUGUUUUUGUGA